AUGUCGGACGACUCAGAGAAUCAAGCCUUUGCGAACGUCUUCGACGCUUGCUGUACAAACACUGCCACCGCACUCCUGGUCUACGACUUCACCAUCACGUUCGACAACGAGGUGACGCUCUUUUGGAUGGAACACCAGCUGUCCGGAGCCUUUUUUCUAUUUCUUACAAAUCGAUACCUCACUCUCGUGGCGCAAAUCAUAAACGUGCUCCCAGUACUUUCGUCAGUGGAGGUCGCCGCUCUUCCGGCUAAUACAUCAAGUGCCAUCAGUAUUCUCGAGAUUCCCUUGACGUCCAUCCUCACGUCGAGGUUCCUCAUCAGCCUCCAGAAGUUCCAGCGCAAGACCAUGGGCUCUUCCACAGAUGUCUCGCUCGGGGAAGUCGUGUUUCAGCCACAGACAUCGAGCCGCUUCAUUGGAUCUUUGGGAGCUCAGCUAUCGGUCUACGAAGAUGAUGACGGCGAGAACGACUCGGAGACCGGAGACGGAGAUGUAUCCUAA